CCUUUCUUUGGAGGUUGUUCGUCAAUGUUCUGGCAUUGACCAGGAAUGGAUGAAGCGAGGCAUCUUUCAGAUUCGACGUACUAAGGAGACACUGCUUUGGUUGGUCCAGUAAUGCUUCACUAUAUGGUCAAGAGAACCCUGAUGGUGGGAUGUUCUCUGCUUGCCGAUUAUCGCCGAAUGCUGCUAUACAGUCCAUCCCGUCUGUCCGUCUGGUUACUAGCAGGUGGCCUAAGAAAACAACGUUACAUUAAGAUGUUCAACUGCUUCUUUCAUUUUCUUUCUCUUUCUCCCCUUUCUCUCUUUAUAUCAUUCUCUCAUUCUUUUGACUUCACUCCUCAUUUGUAUCUUCCUACCCCUCCCCAGCAAACAAGUUAGACCUGGGCUGUAUAUCGACAAACUGGAACCUGAAUGGUGUUUUUAGGUAUGUACUUGAGCUUUGGUGUUGAUGGCGGGGUGUAACCAAUCCCCUUGCCUGC